CCUGAGAGGAAGACUGAGUGAUGGCUUCCAACCCCAGUGAUGUGAAAGAGUUCUUAGCCAAAGCCAAAGAAGAUUUUCUUAAAAAAUGGGAAAACCCUGCUCAGAAUACAGCCCACUUAGAUCAGUUUGAACGAAUCAAGACCCUCGGCACGGGCUCCUUUGGGCGGGUGAUGCUGGUGAAACAUAAGGAGAGCGGGAACCACUUUGCCAUGAAGAUCCUCGACAAACAGAAGGUGGUGAAGCUGAAACAGAUUGAGCACACCCUGAACGAAAAGCGCAUCCUGCAAGCAGUCAACUUUCCGUUCCUCGUCAGACUCGAGUUCUCCUUCAAGGACAACUCGAACUUAUACAUGGUCAUGGAGUACGUGCCUGGCGGGGAGAUGUUCUCGCACCUGCGGCGGAUCGGAAGGUUCAGUGAACCCCACGCACGCUUUUAUGCGGCCCAGAUCGUCCUGACCUUCGAGUACCUCCACUCGCUUGACCUCAUCUACCGGGACCUGAAGCCGGAGAACCUCCUCAUCGACCAGCAGGGCUACAUUCAGGUGACGGACUUCGGUUUUGCCAAGCGUGUAAAAGGCCGCACCUGGACCUUAUGCGGGACCCCUGAGUACCUGGCCCCGGAGAUCAUCCUGAGCAAAGGCUACAACAAGGCUGUGGACUGGUGGGCUCUAGGGGUUCUCAUCUACGAGAUGGCCGCUGGCUACCCGCCUUUCUUCGCUGACCAGCCCAUCCAGAUCUACGAGAAGAUUGUCUCUGGGAAGGUGCGGUUCCCAUCCCACUUCAGCUCCGACCUGAAGGAUCUGCUGCGGAACCUGCUACAGGUGGACCUCACCAAACGCUUCGGGAACCUCAAGAAUGGGGUCAACGAUAUCAAGAACCACAAGUGGUUUGCCACAACUGACUGGAUUGCCAUCUACCAGAGGAAGGUGGAAGCUCCCUUCAUACCAAAGUUUAAAGGCCCUGGGGACACGAGUAAUUUUGACGACUAUGAGGAGGAAGAGAUCCGAGUCUCCAUCAAUGAGAAGUGUGGCAAGGAGUUUACUGAGUUUUAGGGGUGUACCUGUGCUCCCAUGGGUUUUCUUUCUUUUUUUUUUUUUUUUGGGGGGGGGGGGGGGGGGGGGGUUGGAUUGAACAGCCAGAGGGCCCCAGAGUUCCUUGCAUCUAAUUUCACCCCCCACCCCACCCUCCAGGGUAGGGGGAGCAGGAAGCCCAGAAAUACAGAGGGAUGGAAACACCAGCUGCUCCCCCUCAACCCCUCACCCUCCUGCCCUCCCCAACCUGACCGCUUUUGCCUUCCUCCUCUUCUAAAGCCCCCCACCCCACCCCCAACCAGCCCAGUUCUGUUUUAAAUGCGUUUCUGAGUUCCAGUCAGACCAUGUCUUGCUGGGUGUAUUCAGGGACAGGGUGUGCAAAGAGGGGCUCAAACUUAACUCCAUCCCCAUCCCCCCCAACCAUCGGCAUCAGCCAAGGCAAAUGAAGGAAAGGCCAGGCUUCUCUUCAGAGCAAUGGUGAAAGGACAAGAGAGAUUUUAGUGACCUGUUCAGUGGGCUACUUGCUAGGACUAAAAAAAAAAAAAAAAA